ACAGUUAGGCCAAGAUGAGAUGCGAAUUCUUCAAGACGGAUUUAAGGUUGUGGCAUGAACGGGAGCGGCGAUUUGAAGAAGAACCAUAGCGAAGAACCGAAGAUAUUACUGGUUAAGUUUUAAGAAAACUAUUUUUAAAGAAAACAGUUUUUUUUAAUUCAUAAAAAUGGAAAAAUGGUUGAUGGUAGUGUGUAUAGUGGUAGUGGGAAUAUGUUCUGAUGUCACAGAAUCUACGACAAUUUUCUCAAACGCAAUAGACAAUUCUCCAUUUGGCAGUCCAUUUCAGUCAGCAAUCAGUCCAAACUUGGGACUCUCUACCAACAAUCUAGGUUUAAGACAAACAUACAAUGGUUACAAUCCUUCUACUACCUUUGGUUCAUUCGGCCCAUUUAGUAACAUGUUGAAACGAAGAUGCCCGAUUUGCGAUUCCUCUGUAUAUGGUUACUGUAGCGAGAAGUUGUUCCACGAUUCUUGCUGUUGCAAUAAUCCAAACAAUCCGUAUGAACAGCUACCGUACCAAUGCCAAUAUGCAGAUUGCAGUUUUUUGCACGCAAACUCUUGCAGGGAACACAAAUUGAUCACGGCAUGUUGCUGCACUAACUUCUUAUUUUAUCGCAAGUAAGAUAAAAAAAUACUUUAGACCAAAUAAAAUAGUUAAUUCAUUAUUUAUUUAUUUAUAAAAUAAGUUUAAUAAAG